AUGUCACUAAAACAGGCAUUAGACAAAGUUCCUGCAGGAGUGCCACUCCCUUGGAAAUUUCACCACGAAAACUGGGAGCAGCCAUGGGAGUCUCAAUCGGGUGAUUUUCCACCUGACGAAACUGAGCUGCAACAUGGUCAAAGACGACGUCAAAUAAAAUGUGAGCGCUGGCUCAGACACCGUCGUGGAAUGUCAGGUUAUCUCAUAUCAGAAGAAAUCUCUCGCUGGCCAUGGGGAUAUACAAUCUAUCGCACUGUUUUCACGCCGGAAUCAGACACUCACUGGGAAGCUAUGGUGGACGCAAUUCGAGAAAACAUAUUUGCCUCUCUUGAAAUUCAGUUACGAGAGGAUUCGGACGAGAACGAGAAUGCACACCGACUUCUACGAGACGGAUAUCGCAGCCUUGAGUUUAAAGAGAAAGCUAGCCUCGACGGAGCUAGUGUCGAGCAAGUUCGCGAGCAAUUCAAAUAUUUUGUCACAAAUGAGUUCUUCGCUGCUGGUGCUCGAUUUCGCUGGUGUAUUCUCAUCGAUUCAGAGGCACUUCAAUCAUUUAUACACUACCCACAGCCUGUCAAACCUUCUGAACUAUCAGAGCCCGGUGCAUUUGAAGAAAAUGGUGCCUGGGUGACGGUUGUGGAUCCUGAAUAUGAGCCGGGCUCUUAUACCAAGGGCAAAGCCCGCUUCUACCAAGGAUAUAUGUGUUGCCAUCUUAAUAGACUGCUCUCUCUUGCAUGGGCAGGAUCUAUGAAGCAUAUGUCGAAAAUGAUUCGUCGGGAUGGCGAUGGUAUUCCCUGGUACGAAGAAAACCUUUAA